ACACCUGCCCUCUUCUUAUGAAACUGGUGUAUUGAACAUGACACGAUGAUGUGGAAAUCCACAUAAGGAACGCCACGGCACAUAAUUAUUUAAACAUUUCAAAUGAGUAAAAGGAUUGUAAGCUUGUUGCUGGCCUCGUGAGUUGCUUUGCGGCUGAAUAAAAAGUGACAGAUUGACGUCAUUGAGACAGACGCAGAGCGAGCCCCAGCGAAAGAAGCAACCGAGCAGCGGCAGUUGCAGCGGCAGAGCAUCUUCUCUAGCUAGAGUAGCCUACCUUGCAAACAACAUCCGUAGCCAAGAACCUCUGAGCAUCCCGGAAAAUAACGAUAAACCAGAUAAAUAACAUGGCCACCUCCUCCUCCCCUAAUCUGGAAGAAGAUGAGAGUCUGAAGGGCUGUGAAGUGUUCGUGCAGAAGCACAACAUCCAGCAGAUCCUCAAAGAGUGCAUUGUCAACCUGUGCAUCGCCAAGCCUGAGCGUCCUAUGAAAUUCCUGCGGGAGCACUUUGAAAAGCUGGAGAAGGAAGAGUCCCAGCAGAUCCUGGCCCGCCAGAAGUCCAACUCUCAGUCGGACAGCCAUGAUGACGAGGUGUCUCCCCCUCUGCCCAACCCAGUGGUCAAGGCCCGCCGCCGCCGGGGAGGGGUCAGUGCUGAAGUCUACACUGAAGAGGACGCCGUCAGCUACGUCCGCAAGGUGAUUCCUAAGGACUACAAGACCAUGACUGCUCUGGCCAAGGCCAUCUCCAAGAACGUGCUGUUUGCUCACCUCGACGACAACGAAAGAAGGUAAGAACCACAAAUCAUAAUC